AUGUGGUGUGUGAGAGUUUCGGCUCACUGUAACUGCCGUAAAAUUAGAUUUGAAGUGAAAAAGUAUCGAAAAGUUGACUGCUCUUUGCUUGCCGAGUGGGGCACUGAGGAUUCGGAUCUCGGUUUUGAAAAAAGAGGAAUGAGGUUGAGACGGUUUGCUGAGGAAGAUGAGUUGGAUGAGUGUUUAAAUGCAGCAGUCCAGCAUGAGAGAGGUCCAAGAAAAACUAAAUACCUCAUAAGCAACAGCGGCCUGAACGAGAUCAAUAACAUCAGCGGCAGAUCUUUCAACUACUUUCCACCUAUGAACCAACAAAACUCAUCAGCAGCCUCACCGCCGUUGACGUCAUCAACAUCAAUGUUCUAUCAUCAUCACAACUUUCAAAAUAUAAUGACAAAGAAAAGAAAAAACAAAAGUGUUGUUCAAGUUUCCUAUGAUGCAUUUACAGAAGAAAAUAAGAAGCCAACGUCCAAGCAACUCAACCACGGUUAUUUUCAGCAACAUAAACAGUUGCAACAACAUUGGUACUACCAGCAACUGCAACAGCACAUUUUCAGACAACACUACCAUGAAAAGCAAUCUCAAUUUACUACAACAUCAACCGCGGCUAACAAAUCAUUACAAACGCAGUCCAAGUUAAAUCAUGCUCUACUUCCAUUUUAUCAGCAUCGUUAUUAUUACCACAACCAUAUCAAUCAAUGGCCAACAAAUAAUUUUCGCUCAAUCGUCGAUGAAGAAAAUAAAAUUAUUCCCCAGAUGUCGACAUCUGCAUCGCUACCACCCACCUUCUCAUCCCAAUCAUCGCCACCCACGAUCACAUCCUCAGCUUCAUCCUCAGCUUCAUCAUCAGCUGCCCCUUCCUCGUUGUUUCCUUAUUUUUACAAGCACUCCACGUCGAAUAUUUCGCCAUCUUCUUCUCUUUCAUCGUCGUCCUCAGUGUCAUCGUCGUUGACUUCAUCAAUCUUCCCAUUCUUCCAAGCUUCCCUGCGUUAUUUCCUACCGUUCUCACCGCAAUAUUAUCUCUACUGUUUAAGCAAGAACAUGCUGUCCAACAGCUCACAACAUUUUAAUAACAGUCGCGAAGCUUCUGCAUUAGGCUCCUUUCUUAACAUAUCUGACGCUGACGUCAAUGUCGAAAAGAUGAGCGAUGAAAAGAUGUUAAACUUAAAAAUCGUACGUGAAAAUAAUAAAGAGGGUCAGAUGUGUGCCGCCGUUCAUCCAAACCUGAACGUUGAGGAUGGUUCAAGGCAUUCCGAGGCUGGUGAUGAAGAAAUGAUGGACCAAGAGUCUGACUGUGCCGGGGCCACAAUUAAAACAUGUGAUGGUAACGAAGAGGAACGAAUGACCAACAUAAACAGUUUGGCAAAAUCAAAUAAAUUCGCGCCGGAUGUUGAAAUUGUUCUCUUAGAACCUUACGAAAAAUUUAAUAUAGACGAUGACAAUCCUCAAACUUAUUUCAUGAAUGAUCACAAAGACAAAAAUGUUGGCAACGGUUGGGAGAAUAAUGACAUCAGCAACGGCAAGAAACUCCAUCAACUAACCUCAAUGAAUACGGACGAGAAGAACGUAAGUGAGGAGGAGGGGGCAGUUGUAAGUACGACUGACGCCUCUCAUGCUAUGGUAAGAAAGAAAAAAUCAUCCAACUUCCAUGAUGUUGAGUCACUAGUUGAAAAUAACGUUCGUGACGAUAGCAACGAUGUUGUCAAUAAAAAUUUUUGA